UCAGCGUAUUUCAUGAAGUCAUAUGUAUAUUCAGUUUUUGACUUUUUAUAUUAUACAUAUAUUCGCGCUAAGAGAAAAUCAACAGCUUUGUAGACGAAAUGAUUGUUCUUUUCAAAUAUCAUUGCCACAACCUAAUUCGUGCAGGCUCUCUAUCAUGACAAGCUGUGAUAAAAGUAGCAAUAAGUAUUUUUCCCCAAGUAGCUCAUUUAUAUCUAUAAAACCAAUAUCAUAUAAAUGGGAAGUUCAAACACAUAUUUCAAAUAAUAGUCAAUAUUCAGCAUUAAAUGUAACAUGGGAUAUUGAAAAUGUUCAAAAUAUUACAACAAUGAUUAUAGAAAUAUCAAAUAUUUAUGGUGAUCAUUUAUACCAACAAAAAGGAAAUCGAUGCAAGAUUUUUGAAUUUAAUCCAAGCUUGUCAAUAACAAAUAGAAAAACUUUCUUCUAUGACUGCUUCUUUAUGAUAGUUCAUACUUACCAGCCAUUAGUUUACUGGGUUCAAGUGACUCUGCUACCCGUUAAUAUUUAUAAAGGAUUUUAUUUAGUAAUCCCCGAGGUCUUUAAUAUUGAUCCUAUUAAUAAUCCUUUACGGUGGAAACCAACUUUAGCCUAUAAUCCAUUCUAUGAUAAUGUAUAUCUAAAUAUGUUCAAUGACAAUGAUGAUCGAAAUUUAAAUCAGAAACACGUUACUAUUAACGAAUUUUCCAAAAAAUUGAUUGAAGUUAAACUUCAAUUUCCUAGUAGCAAUUUAUAUAACCUUUACCCAAAUUUGUUUCAAGAAAUGGAGGUGAUAUUAUGGAUGAUCAGGACGACGGAUGACAAUGAUACAGAUAAUACCGAUAUUUUUAAGCAACACCAUAUAAAUCUAAAUGACAUAAAUUCUGGUUCAAAAUUGGUUCCAAACAUACUUCCAAUUAGCCAAAAAAGGAUUUUCAGGGGUGACAAUGACACCUUGUUUAUUGAAUUAGCCGAUAUAUUCACCCAAACCUUUUACGAUCGCUUGAACCAUUUAGACCAAUCUCUUGAUUCGCACCAAAUUCAACGGUUUUUUGCCACCUUCUUCUCCCCGCCUUUGGGCUCUUCGCUAGAAAUACAAGGCCUUUUGGAAAGUAUCCUACAACCAAACAUUCUUUUUUUCCUUACCGCCAAACCUGUUUAUAACAAGAUCAAAUGUUUGACUGAAAAUUACACGAAAAAUGGCUUAAUCACAUCCUGGCUCCAUUUUUUACAAUGCUAUUCUAAAUCCAACUCAACCGCACAAGAUUUUGAAGCAACCAUGUCUAUGGGAUUUAAAGCUACGCCCUAUUUUUUACAAUUCUUUGAUAAGAAACAUAGUUACAAUAUUAAUCAAAGAAUAGACGUAGCAUUAGUUUCAAAACUGAUAUACUUCUCUUCCUCAAUGAAACAGAUCCAACUGGAUAUAGUUCGAAUUAGAGUUAUUGUUGGCUUUGGAUUUCUGUCCAUUAUUUUGGUAUCCCUAUUUAUCACGUUUAGAUAUAUUCGUUCACGCAAAUCACUUCAUCACAAAUGCUGGGGUUCCUUUUCACGUCGUUAUCGAGCCCCACCUAAAGAAAACACGGAUAAGUUACUGGAUAAGUUAUCAGAUAGUCCGUCGAUUCUAAUGAUCUAUUCGCGCGAAUCCGGGAGGAAUCAUUGUUUGGCAGUUGAAACAUUAGCCCGUAUCAUCGAAAAACUUUUCAAUUGUAAAGUCAUCCUUGACGUAUGGGAUUUAGAAAGACGUCCCCAGAAUCCUUUAUUAUGGCUUGAAAACAAGAUGAAAACAUCGGACCUUAUCAUAGUGAUCUUUUCAGAUUUAGAACAAAGUUCCAGAACACCAUUUUUAAUCGAACCUAAUCAUAAAAAUAAAAAUCGCAAGCCCUGGCCCGAUUUGUUACAGCCUUGUUUAAGGAUACUCUCUUCAGAAUUGGUCCACUCAAAUCAUAUUAUUAAUAAUUAUAGUAACUCUUCCCCAAUAAAAAAAUACUUAUUCUUGAGUAUCGAUUACAAGUCAUAUACCAAAAGUGGAACACUGUGGAGGAAGGAUAUCUUUGCCCGUUUUAGGGAGUUUUUAACACCAAUCUGGAAUAGUGGUAACAGCACCAAAAACAUGGAAUUGAGCCAACUGCAUGAUAACCUCGGAAUUUUGAGAGCAUUGCCCCCUUUCAAGCCUAACAUUAUUAGGAUAACGAAAACACCAACUCACUUUAAUUUAUCCAAAAAAGAAUUUGCUCAAAAAUUUAAAAUAAAUGCUUUUCCUAAUAACAUACACCAAAUUUGCCAAUUAUUGAGCACUGUAUUAACACCAAAAAAUUUUUCAAAUGAUAAUGAGUCAGAAAAUAAUACUGAUUGUAUUGAAAAUGGUACAACUGAAUCUUACAACCUUCAAAGCCAUACUUCAUUGAUUCAAUUGCUAGCAAAAUUUGAGGACUUAUUAUUAAACAUUGCAAAUAAAGAUGGUGAAUAUUUAGAAGAAAAUAUAAACAACUCAUUUGACCUAAAAUGUUACAAACUAACAGAUGCCAUAAAUGAUGAAAUUGUGGAUGGUGAUAGUGUGAAAGAAAUCAUUAGUGAUUUACAUAUCAAAAAAACUGUUUUGAGCUAUGAACAAGAAAAUAUUCCUUCCUUUCAAACUAUUCAAGGUUUAUCAAACACAUAUAAUAUUACUCAACAAAAUGAGCCAAGUAAUUUUCAAUCACCAAAUCAUUUGGAAAUUGAUUUAUAUAAUGAUAUACCAAGUUAUCAAACUAUCAAAAGAGAUGUUUACACUUAAAUUUUUUUAUUAGCAAAUAAUUAUAAUUCAUAAAAUAAAUAAAUAUAUUAUUUCGAUAAUUUAUAUGAUCAAAAUUUUACAUAACUUAUUUAAUUUACAAACAUACUUUUACUUGUAUUAUA